AUGGCGGAUGAUGGCGCAAAGUCAGCUUGCAAGCGCCUGACUAGGCCACUUGAUGUCUCAGUUGCUUUGGCGGAGAAAGCGGGAGGGCAAGGGUCGGAAAGCGAGAGAAGGGAGAGGGAGGGAGAGAAAUAUAGAACGAGUGAGGCGAGAAAAGGCAAGCUGGACAGAAGACGAAGAGGCGUAGAGUACUGUCGGCUUGUUGUUUCUCUUUUGAGACCAAAACGGUCCCAGACGGACGGGCCAGUCUCGCGGGCUGUUUCUUUGGUUGCCCUUUUUAACUCCGAUUCCAUACCCCUGCUGCUCGACCCCGACUUGAUCGCUUCACUUAGAUACUUGCUCAUUCCAGGUAGAUCGGCAUGGAUCAGAGACUGCAGCUCAACUAUCCACGGGGUACUCCGUACUACCAGCGACUUUGUUUGUUGCCUGCCUGGCUCACUUCAGCCAGUCUUGUUCGAAUUUCGAUGGACUACCUAA